AGUCAACUCAUUAGCUCCAUAUCCAGCCAUGGAGCCAUCCAGCUUGGCGGCUAUGGCUUCCAUCGUCAUUGUCCUGAUGUUGUCCUGUCAGCUGCUUUGCCUUCCGGCGGCUAGGGCGUCUACGUACCAAAUGGGCGCAGCACGAGAUCUAUCAGCAACUUUCGCGAAUGCUGCCGAUGAUGAUACCUCCGACACGAAGGAUGCCGAUCAGGAUUGCCCUGUGCAAUUCACGCCGCAAGUCUUCGCUGGAGUACGAGAACUCUGUCGUCAUGGCGAUGGCGGCGAUGGCGGCGAUGGUGAUUUGUGCUGUGCGGCUAUCCAGGACGUAGCGAUGAACGUAAUGACUUAUGGCGCCACGUGCAAGAACAAUAUGCUUGGCGCCUUCGAGGCCUACACAGCUGUCCCUUCGAAGACGGUGUCCAGGUGCCUGAGCGUGGAGGGAAGAAGUGUUCUCGAUCUGCUUGCAGACAUGUCAGCAGAGGCCUCCACGUCAGCAGAGGCAUCCAUGUCAGCAGAGGCAUCCACGUCAGCAGAGGCAUCCACGUCAGCAGAGGCAUCCACGUCAGCAGAGGGAUCGGCGUUAGCAGAUAAAACAUCGUCAGCAGAGUCGUCCACGUCUGCAGAGGCAUCCACGUCAGCACUUGAGGCUAUGGCUUCUGAGUCAGGACGAGGAGGAGGAGGAGGAGGAGGAGGAGGAGGGGGAGGAAGGGGAGGAGGAGGAGGAGGUCGUGGAGGAAGACGUGGACGAGGAGGAGGAGAUCUCCCUUGUCUUGGCUUUUCAUGUGCGCGCUCGUGAUGCGGCACGUGUUAUACGAAUGGGAAUGGCAGAGGAGGACAUAUCUCUCUCUUCCUGUUGAUGUUGUGGCUUUUCCUUUGCGCGCCAUCGGUGCG